AUGUCACAGGUAUUCACGUCGUCCACAAUACCGCUAACGUUUGAACCGCAUGAAAAGCACCCACGUUUCCCGCAUUACAAGCUGAAACCAUCGCCGAGUCGUGAUGGUGGUGGAGAUGAACAGGAGGACAUAGGAGACAGAGCGCCCAUAUGGCAAUGCAUGAUUGCCGGCGGUUUUGGCGGAGUUGUUGGCGACAGCGCCAUGCAUUCAUUGGACACGGUCAAGACGAGGCAACAGGGUUUCCCCCACAGCGCCAAGUACAAGAACAUGCUCCGAGCGUACGCCACGAUUUUCAAAGAAGAAGGCUUUUUGCGUGGGUUGUACGGAGGCUAUGCGCCGGCGGCGUUGGGGUCGUUUCCCUCCACGGCGGCCUUUUUCGGCACUUAUGAAUACUCCAAGCGGAAAAUGAUCUUUGAGUGGCACAUGCCCGAGACCUUGUCGUAUUUGAUAGCGGGGACGUUGGGCGAUUUGGCCUCGAGCGUGUUUUACGUGCCGUCGGAGGUGCUAAAAACCAGGCUCCAGUUACAAGGAAGAUACAAUAACCCGUAUACACGAGAAUGCGGCUACAAUUACCGGGGAUUGUGGCAUGCUAUUGGCAGCAUAUAUAGAACAGAUGGACUCAAGACGUUUGUGUUUGGGUACAAGGAGACCCUUUUCCGAGAUUUACCAUUUAGUGCGUUGCAAUUGUCAUUUUAUGAAAAAUUCCGCCAGCUCGCCAUAUACUAUAAUGGCAACUCGUCCGAUUUGCCUGUGGGCGCUGAAUUGGCAACAGGCGCAGCAGCAGGUGGGUUAGCAGGGGUGCUAACGACCCCCUUGGACGUUAUCAAGACCCGCAUCCAGACUGCAACCAACACCUCGGACUUGGGAAGCUCGAUUUCGAAAAAGCACAUCCAAAACCCAAUCAUGAGAUAUUUCAGCAACAAUGCCACCUUGAGGGCAUUGUAUUCUAUUUAUAAACACGAGGGAGUCCUAGGCGCAUUCUCCGGGGUAGGACCGCGAUUCAUUUGGACAGGAAUCCAAAGUUCCAUCAUGUUGUUGUUGUACCAGAUGUCAUUAAAGCAAUUGGGAUACUACUUUGGACAGGACGAUACAACUUUGCAAGCAUAG